AAGUUGGCAUUGGAAGAGUGUCAAGCUGUAGUCCCUCAACUGAGUCCAGGAUUUUUUCAGUUUGAAAAAACUUCCCAAUCUAUAUAUACGUAUUCGUCGAGAACGUACUUUGAUUUUUUGAAAAGUCUGGUUUUUAAAAACCAAAGAGCCGCAAGUGACGCUUGGAUUUCUUCAGUUUUCUUGAGCUUUAUCGGAUUUGUGGAUUGUUCAUUCUUAUUAUUGCAAUGGAUCGGGUCUUUGGGAACAUGGAGAACAAGUUCAAGUACAUGGUGAAGGCGGAAGGGAAGGGAAUGGCGCUCAAGCUGGUUGGAUUCUAUGCUGUUGGAUGGACCCUGCGCAAGCUGGUCAAGUGAAAGGUUCAACUCUCCAACUACUAUGCUACCCUCAAAUCUUUGUGUCCUGCUAUCGUCAAUUUGGUCUGUCGCUUUAGUUCAUUGAAAAUUUCAUGUAGAAUAAAUUGUGGUCUCACCUCAAAAUCACAA